UUUGCCCAGUCGUUGAUCGUUGUGAGUGAACCGAGUAUAUUAAAUAAUCGGCAGUCGGUUAAAAUCAAUUUAUAAUUGAAAGCUUUAUUGGAAAUUCUUGAGGCAAUGCGACCAAUAAUAUUUACAAAAAAGUAAUUACGGCAAUCAUUUUUUUAAAUUAAAAGGACAUUCACAAACUUGUACGCUAAGAAUAAUUGAAUGAUCGCAGUGUAAAUAAAUGCCGGUAUAAUCGGGUUGGAUGCGUUCGCGCAUAAAUUUAUGUGACAAGCGAUUUAUCAACUUGCGCCAAUGCUAAUCGCUUAAUUAUAAAAUAAAUAAACAAAUCUCCCAUAGAAAUAAAACUUUCGCAAUACUUUCUGAGUGCUGUGAGACAGUGAUUUAGUGAUUUCCCCCUUUACACGUAUCAAAACACGUACACAGUGUUUCUCUUCAGCAGUCGGCGCUAAAGCCAGAAAAAAAAAAUAGGAAAAUAACUAAGAAAAAGGCAAGCAAAACAAAUCGUGCUGACAUCGAAAUUUGCAAAAUUCAAGCAAAGAAUAAAUACAUAUAUUUAUACAAAAUGGAAAUACAGAAUUUGCACGAACAAGCGAUGCUGAGGAAUAAGCGGGAUAUCGCGAAAAACGACGCGAUUAUCCUUGAGGCGCGGUACACGUUGUCGGACCUUUACCCGAUAAGGAGAUUAACACAGAAGAUGGAUAAUGUAUUAAAUGUGUCUGGCGUCACACAAUCUAACCCAGCAGCUGCUGAAGUUAGCCCUUAUAAGGUGCAACCAGUUACAGAUGAGGACAAGGACGCUGUAUUGGCUAUGCUCAGAAGAUUUUUCUUCAAAGAUGAGCCACUAAAUAAAUUUUUGAAUUUGGGUGAUUGUCCGGAGCUGGAGGAAUACACUUUGAAGUGUGUUAAGGAUAAUUGUUCAUUCAAAGCUGUCCACAAUAACGGUGAAUUGAUUGGUGUUUUCCUCAAUGGGCUUUUAAAGCGACCCCCUCCAGAUGCUGCAGUUCCGGAUAAACCAGCUGAUUCCUGCCAGCAUCAGAAGUUCAAGAAAAUCUUAAACUUCUUUGACAGGAUUGAAGAGAAUUUCAAUAUUUUCGAUUUGUAUCCAAAUACCGACACUAUACUCGACGGCAAAAUACUGUCAGUAAAUUCGGAUUAUCGCGGUAUGGGUAUUGCCGGUCGUUUGACGGAAAGCACUCUGGACUAUAUGAAACAGCACAACAUUCCCGUUAUGCAUGUGCUGUGUUCCAGCCACUAUUCGGCUCGUGUCAUGGAAAAAUUGGGUUUUCAUGAAGUCUACAAAAUCAAUUAUGCCGACUACAAAGUUAAUGGAGAAGUGGUGUUCAAGCCAGCUGAACCCCACGUUGCCGCACGUAUUUUGGUCAAAGAGCUCGCAGAAGACAAAUCUAAAAGUGCUCCAUAAUUACACAGAUUUAGUUAAACUAGAUUUUAGGAAACGGCGAAAUUUACUAUGUCAAUUGGUUGUAAAGAAUUACAAGUUGUGAAGAAUGAAUGUUUAGUUGUAAGCAUUAACAAUUUGGUGAGGGGUUGAAUCAAUUAUAAGUAAAUACAAGUACAAUAACAAAAUGUUACUAAUUACAAAUACCUUAAAUAUAAAGCAGAAUACCAGAACCGGCUUUCUAACGCCGCCUCAGGUGGUAGAGCAAGAAGCAUUCCACUUUGGGGCUGCCUUUAGGGCAUUGCUUAAUCAGUUUUAUUUUCGAAAACCUGAAAUCAGCAGGUAAAACUGCGUAUUAUUUAUAAUUGGUAGAAAUUAUCGGUUAAUAUGUUUGUGUGUUUUUUUUUCAAUUGUGUGUAUGUAAAUCAUAUGACUUUUUAGAGAUUAAUAAAAAUGUGAGUACAUUCGAUUCAUUGUGGAUUCAAAGUGCAAAACUUUCUAGAAGAUAUAUUUUUAAUUGAUAUAGAUAUAGUUGAUUGUCAAGCAUUUUCAAAUUAUAGCUUAUACACAUAAUUAUCCUUUCGGUGCCAAGCACUUAGCAAUAAAAAUACUGCAUUACUUUUUAAAUUAUUUUAUACGAGUAUGAAUACUUAAUUAUUUACUUUUAUAUCCAUACUUCACAUUCUUUACAAUAAAAACCAAAAUGCCUAAAAGGAAAUUAUGAAAAUAAAAGUGUAA